UUCACCAUAAUUCUCCUUUAAAUUCUCCCUUUUUUUAUACAAUUUACUCAUUAUAUCACUGCAAUUCAACUUCCAAAUCUCAUAUAAUCAUAAUUACAAACUUCAAUUCAUCCAUUUAUCCUCUAUACGCUUACAAUUUCAUAUUCAUAAUUUCAUAUCCAUUUAUCUUCAAUUUCUAUUGAAAAUUUGAGGUUUGGUUCGCAAUCUGAGUGUUAUAUUGGUGAACAGAACAAUUGAAUUGAAUUGAAUUGAAUCAUUCAUACACUCACUUCGUGAUAUGCACUUUGAGAUGAAUAUUUGACCUAAUUUCAGACCUUUGAUUGAGAGUGAGUCCUCAUGUCUGGCCAGAAAAAUGAUUACGGGAAAAGAUCUCAUUAUCAAUCCGAUAAUCCUCUUAACGGUGGAGGUAAAAGAAGAAAUCCCGAAGAUGAACGAGAAUCAAACGCUAUAGGACCUGAAGAUACUGUUUACCGUUAUCUAUGCCCUAAUAAGAAAAUCGGAAGCAUUAUAGGAAGAGGUGGUGAUAUCGUGAAGCAGUUAAGGUCCGAAACUCAAGCCAAGAUUAGAAUUAACGACACGGUUCUCGGGUGUGAGGAGCGUGUAGUGAUAAUUUAUAGUUCGAGUGAGGAAACCAAUAGGUUUGGAGAGAAUGAUGAUCUUGUUGCACCUGCGCUUGAUGCUUUGUUUAAGGUUCAUGAUAGAAUUAUUGCUGAAGAACCGGUUGAUGACCAGUUUGAUGAAUUUCAAAUAGUUACUGUUAGAUUGUUGGUUCCUGCUGAUCAGAUCGGUUGUGUGAUUGGAAAAGGCGGGCAAGUUGUUCAGAACAUACGCAAUGAAACACGCGCUCAGAUUAAGAUUUUGGGUGAUGAUCAUUUGCCACGUUGUGCAUUAACUUCUGAUGAGCUUCUCCAGAUAAGUGGUGAUGCAAUAGUGGUUAGAAAAGCCCUGUUUCAAUUAGCGUGUCGGCUUCACGAUAAUCCAUCGCGAUCCCAACACCAACUUUUGUCAUCCUCAUCCAAUCUUUACAAAACCAGCGGUGGUUACGCGGGCUUCGCGGUGCCCAAUUCUGCUCUAACGGGCCCUGCACAGGAAUUCUCGCUUCGGUUAGUUUGUCCAACUGAAAACAUCGGGAGUGUGAUUGGUAAAGGCGGCGUAAUCAUCAAACAAAUCCGGCAAGAAUCUGGUGCGAUGAUUAAAGUUGACAGCUCAGCAUCCGAGGGUGAUGAUUGUCUGAUAACGGUAUCUGCGAAAGAGGCGUUUCAAGAACCGUCGCCGACAAUUGAUGCGGUUUUGCGAUUGCAGCCACGGUGCAGUGAAAAAACCGAAAGGGAGCCGGGUGAUGCUGUGUUCACGACCCGAUUGUUGGUACCGGCUUCGCGAAUCGGUUGUUUGAUUGGUAAAGGUGGUGCGAUUAUUUCCGAAAUGAGAAGUUUAACUAGAGCAAGUAUUCGUAUUUUAAGUAAAGAAAAUCUUCCCAAAGUUGCAUCUGAAGAUGAAGAGAUGGUUCAGAUUACCGGAGAUAUCAAUGUGGUGAGCAGUGCUCUGCUGCAAGUGACGACGCGGUUAAGAGCUAAUAUAUUCGAGACCAGCGGAUACGCAUCCUCGUCUGGGAGAUACGAUUCAGAGUUUGACGGUUAUGGUAGUUAUGGUGGUUCGCAGAUCGGUGGAAGUGGUUACGGAGCGUAUGGCGCGUACACCGGGCGUAUGAAGCCAUAAUCGUUCGAUUUAAAAAGAUGUUUAAAUUAUGUAUGUUUUUUGUCUAAAUUUUUCAGAGAACAGCAAUCGCGGUUUUUUUUUCACUUCAUCGGAUAUCUGUCUGUUUUGUGUAUUAUAAAUGUACCACCUUUGUCCCAUGAAAGGUAUAGCUAGUUUAGGAAUGGUAAUUUGUCUUUAUAAACACUUCAAAGCCAGUUUUAUUAAUGUAUGUGAGCAUGGUUAUUGUAAUAUUUGGUAAUAGAGGAAUGGUAUUUCUGUAACAUGACCCAAAUCUAAUACAAAUAUUAUUACAUUU